AUGCAGUUCGCCAACCUCUUCUUGGCAGCCCUUGUCUCUGGGGUUGCUCUGAGCAAUCCUCUUCAACGACGGUCGCUACAAGCCCGGGUCGCCCAGUAUGGCUCCAACACAACGUGCUCGUAUGAGCAGCCUACCACUGUCGGCCCGCACAAGAACAUCUGGCAGGGCUUGACUCAAGAGGAGGCGGUCGAUGUCAUUCAGUUGUUGCACAGCGAUGCUGUAGGAUUGAACCUGACGGCUGGCGCCAACGCUUCCGAGUGGGACAACGCAAUCCUCUCGGUCGAGUUGAUGCUGCCCAAUAAGACCGAAGUACUCCGGUAUAUCGACGGCGACGCGACGGCGGGCGAGCCCACCCGCCACGCAAGGGCGAUCUUGAUGUUCGGAGCCACCGAGGAGCCCCACAUUCGCGAGUACAUGGUCGGGCCCCUGCCAAUCACCAACACAUCUACCGUGUCGCCCUACACCUUCAGGACCACCAGAGGCGGCCACGGCAAGAUCAGGGUGCGCAAUGCCGAUCAGACUAAACUACAGGAGCUCACGGACAGCAUCAUCAAAGAAGCCGAGGACGUCACCAAGUUUCUGUGGAACCUGACAGCCGCGGACAACAUCCAGCUACCCCUGGCUUUCAUGGCUCCCACAACCUUGACUGGCGAAGACCUCGACCAGUGGCAGUCAUUCAUCGCCCCGACUACCAGCAUCUACGACACUGUCACGCUCCUGCCCCUCGGUCUAUAUGUCCGAUCAAACAUCACCGGCCGCGAUGCGUCCAAGUGGCAUGUCACAGGAUGGGUCUACAAUAACGUCUUCUAUCCCGCGCUCGAUGACCUGCGCGCGGCCAUCAAGGACCCCAACUUUGAAAAGCUGGCGGGCACUUCGGACCAGGAAUGGGCUCACUCCAACUCUCACGGCGACCCUCUGAAGUUCGACGAGAUGCCUCCGCCGACAAUCAUCAACCAAGGCCCGCCAAGGUUCGCCAUUGAUCCCAAGGAGGAAUAUGUCGAGUGGAUGGACUUUGGCUUCUUCAUAUCCAGCACCCAUCAGAAGGGGUUGAGGCUGUAUGAUGUCAGAUACAAGGGGAAGAGAAUCCUUUACGAGCUCGGACUGGAUGAAGCCAUUGCCCAUUACGCAGGAAUCGAUCCGGUGCAGUCCGGCACAGUCUACUUUGAUGGUGGAAACGGCUUUGGACCCACAAUCGUCUCCCUUGUACGCGGGUACGAUUGUCCGGGACAUGCGACUUACCUCAACACCACCCAGACCACAAAGGAGACGAGCUACACCCAGAGCGAUGGAAUCUGCCUGUUCGAGAUGGACAAGGGAUGUCCCAUCCAGCGCCACGGAUGGGCCGGACACACGGGCGUCACCAGGAACAUUGCCUUUACUGUCCGGGCCGUCUACACCAUCGGCAACUACGACUACAUGACGUCCUACGAGUUCUACCUCGACGGCUCCAUCGAGGUCUCGGUCCGCGCGUCCGGUUACAUCUCGUCGGCCUUUUAUGCCAACAACGAGGACUACGGCUUCAAGAUCCACGACAGCCUGUCGGGCUCGCUGCAUGACCACGUCAUCACCUUCAAGGCGGACCUGGACGUGCUGGGUACCGAGAACUCGAUGCAAAAGGUCGACAUCGUCCCGACCACGGAGAAGUACGUCUGGCUGAACGGAACCAGAAACACGAUGAAGGCGCGCAAGAGUUUCGUCGCGACCGAGGACGACGGCAAGAUCAACUGGUCGCCCAACGGCGCAUCCAUGUAUGCAGUUGUGAACAAGGACAAGCCGAACGCGUACGGGGAGUACCCCGGGUAUAGGAUUCACCCAGCGUCCGGCGUGGCAUACCUGACCAUCCAGGACUCCAACCUCACUGGAAACGCCGGCCAUCAAACCACGCACCAUCUCUACGUCACCAAGCGCAAGGACAGCGAGGACACCUGCACUUACCAGUACGGCUUCGCGGAGAUCGACGAUCCACUCAUCGACUUUUCCAAAUACUUUGAUGGCGAGUCGCUGGACCAGGAGGACCUUGUGGUCUGGUUCAACCUCGGCAUGCACCACAUGCCGCACACGGGUGACCUGCCCAACACGGUCUUCACGACGGCCCAUUCGGGCAUCAUCAUCAGCCCGUUCAACUACCUCAGCGGCGACCCCAGCAGAGCCAGCAAGCAGCAGGUGGAGAUUGCUAUUUCCGCAGACAAACCCGCCACCAUCAAGACGUGGGGAGCUCAGCCGGCGACGUGCUCAACCAUCAACCAGGCGCAGGUGAAUCCAGAUCUGAGCACGUACUCUGGCGGCAUCACUGUGCUAAAGUACCCCUUUGACUACACCACUCCAGACCGUGAGCUCUGAGGUGGCCAGGCUUGUGACACCGAAGGUUCGAUUGACGAUCCGAGCUUACGGUGAGGAUGACACGGCCACAACCGGGUGGAGAUCGGGUGGGCUGGGGUUUCUCUGGUCCUGGCACAAAACAACCCAAAGGCAAGAGGAGGAACCAGUCUACUGCCCGUCUCGGCGGUAUUGCUGCGGGGGGCCACAAAACUGAAGCCAUCGCGACAUUCUGUGUGAGGGUGGGGGUUUUGAAAUAGAGGAGCUGGCAACACGACAAUUACCCUUGAAGAUCAG